GGGUGACGGACAAAGAGAGAGAGAGCGCGAGAGAGAGGGCAGACAGAAGCGCGGUGUCAUUUCCAGGCCAGAUAAACGUCCUGACACUCUAUUAUCGCGGCAGCGAGAGAGAAAAUGAAUUAAGUGUUGAGAGUGCGAGUGUUAUCCUUGGACGGGGAGUUAGAGCCCGUGUCAUCACCAUGUGGCAGGAAAGAUAGCAGCAAAAGUAAUUUGUUGGGAGGACGACAAGUUGCAACUCACUGCGGAGAAUUCGGGGACUUUCACACACAGAAAUCGCUGGACGAGAGAAGGUCGAGAGGCGCUCCGAUUACGAUUGCUGGCCAUUAAGGUGACUCGGUUCCAUAGGAAACAGCUGGAAUGUAGUGGCCUUGAAGUUUGGACAUCCUGCAACAUGAAACCGUUUUCCCUCGGAAUAUUUCGGAAGCGGCAGUGAGGGGCCAAGUCUCCCCCAUGAUCAUAACCCCCCCACAGUGAUGUCUCCGAUCUUGUUUUCAUCAGAACCGAGGUCUCCAAUGGCUCGAGGGAUAUUAAUCAUCUUCCUACUUGGACAUUUGCAUUUGAUCUUCCUCCAAGCUCUGGUUACAGGUCAGGGUCGAGUGGAGUGUGAGUGUGCGAACUGCACGGACGGACAGUGUCCCGGACGCCUCUGUGUGAAGGACACCUCGGCCUCCAUCAGCACCAAGACCUGCUACGGUCCCUUCCUCAACAUGUGCACCACAGGCCAGUGUGACCCCAAUAACAUCUCCGUCCUGCCUCCCCCCACAACCACCACAGUGUCUAGUACCAGUCGGAUGUCGUGGGGAGCUGAGACGCAGUUCCGUUGUGUGUGUGAGGGCGGCUACUGUGAUGACAAGGACACUCACUGCUUCGGCGUCAAGUGUUUUGUGUACAUAGAGCGGACAGAGACAGGAGACUUGGACAUCAGGAGGGGCUGCUUCACCGACACCGAGCGCCACCAGUGCAUAGAGAUUAGGGGCAUGGAGUGCUGCCGGGGUGACCUCUGCAAUGCCCCCCAGGACCCGAAGGAGCCCCCGGGCGGGGGAUCAGUAAAGACCCCCAUCAUUUUGGGGGUGGUCUCGGUGACGCUGUUGGUAAUCGCUGUACCUGUGGUGUUGCUGCUUCUGCUCUUCUGGAGGAAACUGCGUCAGUCUCGAGAAGCUAAUUGCCGCCAAGACGAGGAGUACAGCAAAGCUGACAUGUUGCAAUCCACUCCUGUUGGGGAUAACACGUUAGCUGACUUGUUUGACCAUUCGUGUACAUCGGGCAGUGGAUCUGGGCUUCCCUUCCUGGUCCAGAGAACAGUCGGUCGGCAGGUCAGCCUGAUGGAGUGUGUGGGUAAAGGCCGUUACGGGGAGGUGUGGAGGGGCACGUGGCAUGGGGAGAACGUGGCCGUCAAGAUCUUCUCCUCCAGAGACGAGCAGUCGUGGUUCCGAGAGACUGAGAUCUACAACUCGGUGAUGUUGAGGCACGAGAACAUCCUCAGCUUCAUUGCAUCAGACAUGACGUCUCGGAACUCGAGCACCCAACUCUGGCUCAUCACCCACUACCACGAGAAUGGCUCUCUGUACGACUAUCUGCAGUGCAACGCGGUGGAGCCCGAGAUGUGCCUCCAGCUCGCUCUGUCCAUCAUCCGUGGCCUUGUCCACCUGCACGUGGAGAUCGUGGGGACCCAGGGCAAAGCUGCCAUCGCUCACCGCGAUCUCAAGAGCAGGAACAUCCUGAUCAAGAGGAACAAACAGUGCUGCAUAGCAGACCUGGGCCUGGCCGUGAUCCACUCACAGAGUAACGAUUAUCUGGACAUUGGGAACAACCCGAAGGUGGGCACCAAACGCUAUAUGGCCCCCGAGGUGUUGGACGACACCAUUCGCACAAACUUCUUCGACUCCUACAAACAGACAGACAUCUGGGCUUUCGGGCUGGUACUGUGGGAGAUCGCAAGAAGGACAGUCAUUAACGGAAUAACACAGGAUUACAAGCCGCCGUUCUACGAUGUGGUGCCCACUGACCCCAGCUUCGAAGACAUGAAGAAAGUGGUUUGUGUGGAUCAGCAGAGACCGGGCAUUCCCAACCGCUGGCUGUCUGACCCGAUCAUGUCUGCGCUCACCAAGCUGAUGAAGGAGUCGUGGUUCCAGAUGCCCGCGGCCAGACUCACGGCGCUUCGCAUCAAGAAGAACCUCGCCCAACUCGACAACUCACUGCACAAACUCAAGCUGGACUGUUAGCAGGUGCUCACCCAGCACAACC